CUGCUAGAAGGCCACAGUCGUAAACAAAAAGAUAAACAGUUCAGCUGAUUAUCACUCGGCAGGCUUUUAGUUUUAGUUUUGUUUUCAUCCUAAAACAUUAUAAAUCAAAUUAUUAUUACACACAUACAUUAAAAGUAAAAAAAAAAAAAAAAAAAAACAACGUGCUAAAGGUGUAAAAGUAGCGAGAUUAAAUCAAUUGAAAUUUUUUAUUUUGUAUUGAAAUGUUUCUUUCUAGUGUAUAAAAACGCCAUGUGGAAGUAUUGUUUAAUGAAAGUGUUAUAAUUCUUAAUCAUUAUGAAUGUAUAUUCUGGGGUGUUAAUUUUAAGGUUAGGUAACUCACUUUGCAAUUAUACAAUUGUUAGAAACUUGACUGGAAGUACCAAUCUCAGAAAAUACUUUAUAACGACUCCUAUAUUUUAUGUUAAUUCAUCACCUCACAUUGGACAUCUCUACACGGCACUGCUGGCCGAUGCUGCUCAACGGUUUCAGCAGCUCUUGGGAACCAAAGAUAUUUUAUUUAUGACCGGCACUGAUGAGCACGGGGCAAAAAUACAACAGGCAGCGUCAAACGCAAAAGCUCAAUCAAAAGCGUAUUGUGACGAAAUAUCGUCACAAUACAAGGAACUGUUUCACCAGUUCGGUGUUAACUAUACCCACUUUAUUCGUACAACAGAUGAUUCCCAUGUCAGUGCCGUGCAACAUUUUUGGAAUAAACUAGUGAGCCAAGGCCACAUUUAUGAGGGGCAGUACGCUGGCUGGUAUUGUGUGGCCGAUGAGGCCUUCCUCACAGAUGCCCAGCUGACGGAGAAGAUAGCAGCUGAUGGCUCCAAGGUCAAGGUCAGUGCUGAAUCUGGCCGACCUGUAGAAUGGACCGAGGAGAACAACUACAAGUUCAGACUCAGUAGUUUCCAGAGUGAUUUACUCCAUUGGCUGAAAGAUGAGAGAGUGGUGCGGCCAGCCAAGUUCCACAGUCAGCUAGUAGCGUGGGUAAAGGAUGGCGUUGCUCUGCAGGAUGUGUCUGUGUCGAGGCCAGCUCACCGGGUACACUGGGCUGUGCCUGUGCCGGGUCGUAGUGACCAGACUGUCUACGUGUGGCUGGACGCUCUGGUCAGUUACCUAACGGCAGCUGGAUACCCAGACAACCUGCAUUCUUGGCCUCCUCGCUGCCAGACCCUCGGGAAGGAUAUACUCAAGUUCCAUGGAGUAUACUGGCCCGCCUUCCUGAUAGCGGCGGGUCUGGAGCCCCCCGCCUGUCUCACGGUGCACUCUCAUUGGACUGUUGAUGACGAGAAGAUGUCUAAGUCUCUAGGCAACGUGGUGGCACCGGCAGAGGCUGCCCAGCUGUUUACUGCCGAGGGCUUGCGGUACUUCCUGCUACGAGAGGGCACCCUCCACUCUGACGCAAAUUACAACAACGAGAAAGUAUUACGCCUGCUGAAUGCUGAGUUGGCUGAUACUCUGGGCAAUCUACUCAACCGCUGCUGCGGCAAGGCUGUCAACCCGAGCCAACAUUUCCCAGCAUUCAUUGCUCAACACUUCCACCAGUACUGUGAACGCGAGGCCAGGCACCUCAUAAGCCUGUUGGAAGCACUGCCAGAUGAAGUUGAAGAACACUACAGCAGCUUCAACUACUAUCGAGGGGUCGAUGUUAUAGUCUCUGCGCUUCACGAGGCAAACCGUUUCUUCGAAGCCAAGCAGCCGUGGGUGUUGCGCAAGUCUGCGGAGUCUACAGACCACCUCAAUUGUGUUCUGCACGUUACCAUGGAGACUCUGCGGGUCUGUGGCAUCGCUCUACAGCCCAUCAUACCCCUCAUGUCCCAGCUGCUCCUGGACAAACUCAAUAUCCCGAGAAGUGAACGUUUGUGGGAACACAUGAGGACACUAUCAGUGAAUGACUCGACACAGCUGUGCAGUGAUAAUGUUGUCUUGUACAGGAGAAUUGUGGCAAACAAAUGAUAGCGAAGCAUGUUCAUACAGUUCUAACAGUAUUUCGCUAGUGUAGAAUUCACUGUUGGCUUCUGGAGCUAUUGUUAACAAUCGUGUUAAUAAAAACCGUUAACAGCUAUUUUUAGCUUCAACUUCGUCACGGAUCCUGAAUAAUUAUUGUGAACCUGAAUGAGUCAAAACACAAAGAGGUGCUGAAAAGUCUUGGAAUGGUCUAAUAUCUUCUUUACUCAUAAGCGUACAAACCUAUCACUUUUUACAGUGACAUAGAGCAUAAAAUUGUUCCACCACCUCAUGGAAAUGGCUUGUAAGGAAUCGGUGGAAAAUCCUAAAUGUAGGCAUAGGUCGAUGUGCAUACCAUUUUAUAGGUCUUAAUUAGUAGAACAUCAUGCCACAAACUAGACCUGAAAAGGUAAAUCCUAAACAAAAUGGCAGCGCUUGAAAGUUUCAAUACUGAUCUUAUGUGCUAGUUCAAGGAUGGCUUAAUUUUAUUGUAACCUUGGCAGAUGAAGCUACAAAACGUCAUACGUGAUUACUGUACACAAAUACCUACUUUAAUAUGUAUUCAGUGUCCUGAUAUUCUUCUAUGUGAACGGUCCUUAAGGAUUCAGUAGAACAUUUUUAAUGUAAGCAUAGGUGGAUAUGCACAUCAUUUUAAAGGGCUAGUCAAGCAAAAAAGUAUGCCGCAAACCGCACUUCAAAAGCUUUAUCCAUUACAAAAUAGUAGUGGUUUACCUUAUGUUUACAUUAAAAAUGUUCUACUGACUUUUCAGCACCCCCGUUAUAUGUUCUUGUUUUGUUGUUGUCAUUAAGGGAUAAGAUGUUUGAGAAACCCAAAACAUUGAAUUCAAAUGCUCUUUGUGCAGUUAUUGUAAAAGCAGUAAGUUAGGGGAAAAAUAAAAUUGAGCUACUGAAGUAUACCUUCCAUGGUGCAAUUAUCAUCCAUGUCUAUUUGAUGAAAACAGGAUAAAUUUGUAAACUUGUACUGGUGCGUUUUAGAAGAUCUUUGUUUAGUUAUUCACUAUAUUUGUCAGCCAUUUUUCUGAUUUUAACAUUUCUCUGCCAAUUUCUUCGAAUAUCAGGGAAACUUUACCUUUGUUGGUUUUUAUCUUUGUUUGAAGUUUGUUUUUGACGAUGGAAGGAUUGUGAAGGAAACAGGAUUUUUUUGGACAUUUUGCCAUCGUUCAGUGAUACAGGAGGAUCGUUCGUUUGAUGGUUUGUAGGAGUAUAUCAACUCCUGUUGCACAUCUUUCUCUCCACAUCACUAUCACACUGAGGUGCAUUAACAGAUGAGUGCAGUGAAACAGUAUGAAUCCCAAUUAUAUUGUUAUUGUACACAGCAUUGUUCACAUAGGCAUGAGUCAUGCCAUGAUCUUCUGGCAUUUAUUGUUUGUUUCUGAACAUGUUAUUGCAAUAAAAGGCAGUUCAAUGAAGUUA